AAGGGUGACGUCCUCAAGUCACAGAGCUCGGGAGGACAGCUGGCUCAAGUCCUUGUUUGUCAGAAAGGUGGAUCCCAGAAAAGAUGCGCACUCCAACCUCCUGGCCAAGAAGGAGACAAGCAGUCUGUACAAGUUACAGUUUCACAACGUUAAGCCGGAAUGCCUAGACGCAUACAACAAAAUUUGUCAAGAAGUGUUACCAAAGAUCCAUGAAGGCAAGCAGUACCCUUGUACCUUGGUGGGAACGUGGAACACAUGGUAUGGCGAGCAGGAUCAAGCCGUCCACCUCUGGAGGUAUGAAGGAGGCUAUCCAGCCCUCACGGAGGUCAUGAAUAAGCUCAAAGAAAACCAGGAAUUUGUAAGUUUCCGUAAAGCCAGAAGCGACAUGCUUAUCUCCAGGAGAAAUCAGCUGCUGUUGGAGUUCAGUUUCUGGAAUGAGCCCGUGCCAAGAUCAGGACCCAAUAUAUACGAACUCAGGUCUUACCAACUCCGACCAGGAACAAUGAUUGAGUGGGGCAAUUACUGGGCCCGUGCCAUCCGCUUUAGACAGGACAGGAAUGAGGCAGUUGGGGGAUUCUUCUCUCAAAUUGGGCAGCUGUAUAUGGUGCAUCACCUUUGGGCUUAUAAAGACCUCCAGACCAGGGAGGACAUACGGAACGCCGCGUGGCACAAGCAUGGCUGGGAGGAGCUGGUGUACUACACGGUCCCACUCAUUCAGGAAAUGGAGUCCAGAAUCAUGAUCCCGCUCAAGACCUCGCCCCUCCAGUGACGCUUCCAUGUGUGCCUACACAGAUCUCCGUGACGAAUAUAUGUCAUGAAUUCAUUUCAGCCAUUCAUCAAGUGAAAAAGAAACCGAGGUGUAAACUGCUGUACAUAGCUUAUAAGAUCUCUUUUCUUUAAGAUUUGCAUAAUCACGAAUGGAAAUCGGGGUUGGGACUACAUGGAGCAUCGCUCUGUCGCAUCUCUGCUUACCAAAUGUUACUUAAGCCUCCAGCCCCUCAGGAAAACAUGAUAACCGGGGGUGGUAGCUUGGCAUUCAGGGAGCUGAGGCAGGAAAAUUAUAGUAAGUCCUAGGUUAAUCUGGGCUAUAUAGAAAGUUUCAGACCAGCUUGGACCCCUGGACUUGCAUAGUGAGACCCUGUCUCUAAAACCAAAAUUCAAAUUCAAAUCAUCUCUGAGGAAAAUUCCAGCUCUAAAAAAGAAUUAGCUAUUGCUUUCUAUUUUCAAAAAUCUGUUUUAUGUUUACAGAUUUCUACAAAUUUCCUUCCUUCAGGAAGAAAUACAAAUUAUAUCAUGCUUCCCAAGCAGGUUUUUUUUUUUUAAUAAAUUGUGAGUGUACCCAAUGGCUGAAAAUGUUCUGAUUUUGUGACUCUUGGCCAGUCAGCAGGCUGAGCGGUGCAGGUGGUCACGGUGUACCUGACCAGAAAUGCCAGAAAUGCAGGCUCCACCAGGCACUGUGUCCAAGGGCUUGGCAUGAACCAGUGCACCACAUGCGAUUUGGGAGUAAACACCUCAAAUAGCUCUAAUUUUAUUUGUAAUAUUUUUCUAUGAAACAAGUAGCUCUUGGGAAAGAGGUUUUAUUUUGUAAACCACCCUUUGUGACCUCUGACCUCUGGUUCUAUUUUGGUAAGCUCACAGCAGACACUUCCAAGAUCUUGUAUGAAGGGCAGGGCACGCUGGGUCUCAGUUGGCAUAAAGCUUCAUAUUCUACCUGUCUCUGUUUGGUUUUGUUUUUUAAUAUAGUGUGCCAAUUCUGUGACUGUAAUCAUGUGGAAGUCCCAUUGAACUGAAGAAUUAUGUCUGCCCUACAAAUUGAUAUGUAUAAAAUAAAGUAUGACUAAAACUCCUAUCAAAUGCCUAAUUUUUACAUGUGAAUGGUUUUCUCCAAGAACAUAUAAAAAUAAAUAAAAUCCUCUUAAUUUUCA